UGGAAGUAUGACGAUGAGAAGAUCGAGUUGGAGGCCCGGGUGCAGACGACAGGGUGGGUCGGCUUGGGUCUCUCCCCGAACGGAGGCAUGCCGGGAUCCGACAUCGCCAUCGGCUGGGUCAAAGACGGGACUGCGCACCUCACAGACCGGUAUGCCGAGGCGCAGGCCCAGCCCCCUGUGGACGAGAGUCAAGACUGGGAGCUGGUGUCUGGGAACGAGAACGGGACUCACACCGUCCUGAGGUUCAACCGGAAGCUAACGACUUGUGACGUCAAAGACCGCGUCAUCAACGCUGACACCAUGCGGGUUCUGUGGGCAUGGCAUGAUGACGACCCUGAGGACGAGAGCGGCCCGGCGUACCACGGGGCCAACCGCGGGGUCCGGAGCACGGUCCUGCUCAGUAACAACAUCGCUCCGGACAACUUCAAGGAAACGAACUACACAACAGUCGAUCUACUGAUGAACAACGUUUCCGUUCCUGCCUACCAGGACACGACUUACUGGUGCCAAGUGUUUGAGCUGCCGGAACUGGCCAGCAAACACCACAUAAUCAAGUUCGAGCCCAUCAUCUCCCCUGGUAACGAGGGCGUGGUGCAUCACCUGAUAAUCUACACCUGUACGAAGAACAGGAGCGUCACUUUCCUGCCUCAUGAACAUCCGGGACAUGAGUGCCGCACUCCCAACAUGCCCCGCGACUGGUACCUAUGCUUGGGAGGCAGCAUGCUAGCGGCCUGGGGCAUCGGGGCUGAGCCUAUGGCAUAUCCUGCACACGUUGGCUAUCCCGUUGGGGAUGCCGACUCCAGCCGAUAUGUACUUCUAGAGCAACAUUACGACAACCCUCAGCUGGUGUCAGGGAUCCGUGACAGUUCGGGGCUGCGGCUGACGCUAACGCCGGAGCUGAGAGACCACGACCUGGGGGUCUUUGAGGUCGGCAUGCCGCCGAUCAAGCACCACGUCAUCCCGCCUCACGCCGAGGAGUUCAAGUCGGCCGGGUUCUGCAACCCCAACUGUCUCAACGCGUUCCUGGAGGAGCUCGGGGAGCCGAUCCACAUCAUCGGACUUGAGCUUCACUCCCAUCUGCUGGCCGUUAAGAUGAGCGCCCGACUGAUCCACAACGGCAAGGAGAUCGAGAUCGCGCGGGACGACAACUACGACUUCAACCUGCAGUUCUUCCGGAUGCUCAAGGAAGAGGUCACCGUCUAUCCGGGCGAUACUCUGGUUACGGAAUGCACUUACCGCUCAACGCACAAGGACAAAGUUACGUAUGGCGGCCCUGGAACCCCGAACGAAAUGUGCCAAUCCUACAUCAUCUACUACCCACAGUUCAACCUGACGUUUUGCGAAAGUCUGCCGAACUUGUUCGACACCACGCAUUUCGCUGGAGUCCAGAGGUUCGAAUAUGACUUCAGUAGCGGCGAGAUGAAAAUCACGGCCCCGGAGCGGCUGGUCAACAUGUCGUUUGAGGCCGUGAUGGAGGCGGUGCCGUGGACGGACCAGAAGGCUCGGGAGUUCUCAAAGCGUCUUCUGGGCAGUCCAUUCCCCCACCACACCCACUGCGUAUCCAACUUCCGUACUGCCGUUGAUACGAGCGCAUUGGAAACCGACGUGCCCUUCCCACGUGGGACCAAGCCGGUCCCUGAGAACGUCUGCAGUAGGAGGACCACGUCUGGCCAAGCGACCACCCGCGUGCCCGGUCUGGCUCCAGCGACGCUCGUCUGCAUGGUGGCGCUAGUCCUCGCCAUCUAG